AUGUUUCAUUUGGUUAGGGGAUUGUAUAAUAAUUGGAAUAAAAAAGAAUAUUAUUCUAUUUUGAUUUUAGGAUUAGACAAUGCAGGUAAGACAACAUAUCUAGAGACAUUAAAAAAGGAAUUCUCUUUGCCAUCCAAAAGUUUGGAAAAGAUUGCUCCAACUGUGGGUCAAAAUGUUGCUCAAAUUCCAAUGGAUGACAAAGGCUGUGUACUUAAGUUUUGGGAUGUUGGUGGCCAAGAAUCUUUAAGGUCAAUGUGGUCAGAAUAUUAUCACCAAUGCCAUGGUAUAAUAUUUGUUGUUGACAGUACAGAUAGAUCUCGUAUAGAUGAAUGGAGUGAAGUCUUAAGGUCGAUCAUUAUGGAUGAAGAAGUUGAAGGUGUACCUGUUUUAAUGCUAGCUAACAAACAAGAUAAAUCAGAUACUAUGGAAAUCCAAGAUAUUAAGCAGAUAUUUAACAAAAUUGCAGAACAUCUAAGUGCUAGAGAUAGUCGUGUAUUACCAGUCAGUGCACUGACUGGAGAUGGUGUAAAAGAAUCAACUGAAUGGAUGAUCGUUCGUUUGAAAAGGAAUAUUGAAAGUAGACCUCCAAUUUAUAAAUGA